AUGGUGGGGGUAGGAAGUCAGGUAGGCUUUGUCCCAAACCUGGCAGAAGAGCUUAAGGAGCUGCCCAUAACACACGUGCCCGUGAGUGCUGGGAUCAUGGCUGCCCUUAUAAUUGGGUCCCUUGCUGCUGGGUCCCUCUUUGUCGGGUGCAUUGCCCAUCUGUUAACAAGAGGCUGGAAGGGCCAGAGCCACAGGAUGACACCCACAGAGAAGCCGGAGGCCCACCCCAGUCACAAUGCUGUUUCCACACUGAGCAGCUACUCCCUUUAUAAUCAGCCCCUGCCCCAGCAGCAGCCGGAUCCAGAGAACCACUCCUACCAGGACCUGCUGAACCCCGACGCUGCCCCUUACUGCCAGCUCAUGCCAACCCCCUGAAGAGGUCCCAGGCCCUUGGAAGAGCAAAAAGACUCAGCCCUCCCCUGGGGCCUGGUGCACCCAGAGAAGCCACACCAGAGACCCCACAGGACCAGCACAGCGGGGGGGGCCAAUAAGGUGGCCUUAAAUGAAGACUCAGCACAGCACUGGGCCAGGGCCAAGAGAUUGUGAUGGGCCCAGCACCUCUCUGACCCUCUGAGUAUAUAAUCCACCCUCAAGUCUGGUCUGUCCAGCAAGCUGGCCUGGGCCUCGAGCCUGGGAAGGCAGGCUCUUGCCUUCUCCUAACCCAAAGUACCCCCAGACAUGCACUGGAUAUUUGGGUGUGAGGAAAGGCCUGCUUCAAGCCAUACUCACAGGCUCCUACUUGCUGGACUUCUGUCAGCCACAAUGCCCCACCCCUGCUCCCUGUUUUUUCCUUGGAGCCCUUCCCCUAGGGACAAGGCAGCUCCCUACCGCACAGGCCCCAAAGGAUAAGGUACAUGACAUGGGAGGCCCCCGACAACAGUCCUGGCCAGUGAGCCACAGCUGUCAGACCCCUUCCUGCUCAAGAUUCAGUCUCUCAGAACCUGUGACCAAUUUCUGCCUGUUGCUCCUGAUCCAGAAUUGUACCAAGGCCCUCAGGGCAGCAGAUCCCUUUCCUACCCCCGCCCAACCUCCACCCAGUCCCAAAUGUGGGCCCAAUCUGUCACCCUUAAUUAUUCAUUCAUUCAGCAAUAAAUAAGCCAUGUGCUAUGCAUGGUUCUGGAUCCUGCAGCUUUGGGAGGAACAAAACAGACUGCGGCGGAGGCGAGAGUCAGCAAUCGGAGUAACUAACAUACGUGGUGUGCUGGAUGGUGAUAAGAGGAGGAGGGGAAUGAAGAGAGAAGGGGAUUGGGAGCACGGAUGGACUG